GCAUAUAAGCAAUAUAUUUGUUUGCAGGACUUUGCAUUUGCCGACGAUUUGAAAAGAGUCGCGCUAGAUGACGCCAUUACAGCUACAUCUAUUAUCUGUGACGUGGCUGCAUCUCCUCAAGGGACUACUACUGCUAAAUGGGAUAAGAAAAAUACGGUAGCACUGGCUACACAGCAUGCGUGCGCCGACCCGUACCCGACUAUGGUUGAAUUGGACUGGCCGGAUGAUAGCGUUAAACUUAUACCCUCAAUAGUGCUGCUUCACCGUUGCGUGGGUGAAUGUUUAGGAAAGCACAACAUUCAGAACUGUACAGUCAUGGAACAGGAGGAGGUUAUGCUGAAGGUGAUUGAAAUAACAAAUUCCAAUCCUCCCAACACAUCAAUCAAAGACAUCACAGUCUAUAAUCACACAAAGUGCGGAUGCGCAUGCAGAACUCGCAAGUCUGACUGCAACACAGCCGUCCACGACUACUUAAACGGGACCUGCGAAUGUAAAUGCAAACAAGCCUUGAGCAAGUCGUGUAACACCAGUAUACAGUGGUUCAACGACAAGACCUGCCAGUGUGAGUGCAACAGCGCACCGAAGCAUUGCGACAGCCGCAAUAAUAAUGAAGAAUGGAACCGAGACAUCUGUGACUGCGACUGCAGGGAAAAAAUAAAAGAUCGCUGUAAUCGCAAGGGCAAAGUGCUCAACAAAUCCAAAUGUGAGUGUGAGUGUCCAAAGCCAUUACCAGCAUGCCCUGCUGGCACCUCCUUCCUGAAGUACAACUGCACCUGUAUAGACACUUCCGUGAGUACUAAGUGAAGUGGAGGUCAAAAAUGAAAACUUCAAAGUGAAACAAUUAAAUAUAUAUUUUCGGUGAAGGGAAGUAGGGGUGAUUUUUAAGGCAAAGGACACAAUAUUGAUUAAUAGGUUUCGUGAAAAUAUGUAACGCGCACGGUUUCCUUUGAAAAAGAGCAUUCUAUCUUUACUGUUGUAUAUCAUUAGACGUAUAUCUAGUUUGUCAUCGGUCAGUGCCUUAUAUCCCAGAACAAGACUUAAAAUAAAAGUGUGAUCUUCACCAUUAA